AUGCAAUGUUGUGGCUGCAUGGCCUCGUCCUACAAGCGCACACUGCUCGACUCAGACUGCCGACCACUCGCUUCAAACGGGUGCUCAAACGGAGACACACAACAGCACAACCACCCCUUUUGCACACACGCAAGCAUGCAAACACCGGCCGACACAGACCGACACAGACCGGUAGUGCGACAGCAGCUCUGCUUGUUUGGCAGCCUAAUUCGGAGUUGCGGUCAUUCGACGGAUCGUCUACAAAGGCAACAUCUGCAUCGAAGGUGUUCACUGAUCGAUUUCGUCGAGAAGGCUGUAAGUUCUUCCAGCAAAGUUCACUAUUUCUCAGACUCCGAUUGCGUGAGAUUGCAAAAAAUGCUCGGAUGGAUUUGUGCUACUCUUCUUGGCGUUGCCUCGAUCCUCGGAUCAUAUCAAGACUUGCCUCAUGUAACUCUUACCAGUUACCAGGCGCCGGCUUUUGUGCCCAAUAAGCGUCGGCAUCGGAGUCGGUUUCGGUACACCAUGAAUGGCUUGUUUGCAAUUGCCUAA